UCCACGUACCUACUUGUCAUGCGCGGCGUAAAAGCACGUGCCAAUAUUUAACUUUAACGUUUGAUUUCCUUCCCGUUUAAACAGGGUUUGUCAUCUUAAUCUGAGCGAAGUCCAACCUACAAUCCGCACAGUCUAUUCAAAGGAACGGGCCCUUUGUUAGGGGGUCGCCGUGUCUCCCAUCAGUCGUCCGUUAUGGCACCACUGAAGUUUUGCGCCAACAUUUCUUGGCUGUUUUGCGAGCUUCCCAGCUUCACGCAGCGACUCCACGCGGCAGCUGCGGCCGGCUUUCGAGCAGUGGAAGCAGCCUGGCCCUACGAGACUGAAGUUAGUGAACUGCAGGAAGCGAAAGAACAAGCGGGAGUCGAGGUGGUGCUCCUCAACACACCGCCGGGUGACACCAAAAAUGGAGAUCUUGGACUUGGAGCUGUCCCUGGCAGGCAGCAAGAAUUUCGAGAUGGCUUGGAUCUUGCAGUGAAAUAUGCUAAAGCUCUCAACUGCAGCAGGAUCCACCUGAUGGCUGGAAGAGUUCCUGCAGGUGCUGAUCGAACAGAUGUUGAAAAAGAUAUGGAGGCCACUUUCAUAGAAAAUCUAAGAUAUGCUGCUGAUGUUUUGGUCAAGGAAGGAAUUGUAGGAUUGGUUGAGCCAAUAAACACAAGAAUUACUGAUCCCAGAUAUUUCCUAAAUACACCACAUCAAGCGGCUGAAAUAUUGCAGAAAGUUGGGCACUCAAAUUUAAAGCUGCAAAUGGACCUCUUUCACUGGCAGAUUAUGGAUGGAAAUCUUACUCAAAAUAUUAAAACUUAUUUUCCACUUAUAGGGCAUGUCCAAAUUGCACAGGUCCCUCAUCGUAAUGAACCAGACUCACCAGGGGAACUUAAUUUCAGUUACAUAUUCAGCCUGCUGGAAGGCCUGGGUUACCAAGGAUUCAUUGGUUGUGAAUAUAAACCAAUAAAUACCACUGAAGAAGGUUUGGGAUGGCUGAGACGAUACUGGAAUUUACAUUAAAAAGAUGCAACUCUGAAUCUGUGAUUAUUCUAGAAACUCACACUUACUGACUGUAUAGUGGAACAUUAAUUAAUUGGAUUGUUGUGCACUUCAGUUGUGCUGUAACCAUCCUAAAAUAAUUAAACAGAUCUUUACAUACAAUACAUUGUUGAGGACCUGAAUGGCCAAGGGGUCAUCCAUGUAACACCUGGCUGUGGCAGAUAAAGGGUCAUUUCUGGAGGGUGGGACUGGACCGCAUGGCUGCCUGGGGGGCUGCCAGCCAGGAUUCUGAGCUGUUUCAUCGUGUGGUGGGUGCAGCAACGCAUUAUACUGGUUCAUACUCCCCAACCUGAUUCAGUCCCUUUGAAAGUCUUCACCAUUCUCUGGAUUUCAAAAGAUACUUAAUAAAAAUACACAUAUUCCUCUAGUAUAGUAACAACCUAAGUGGUCGAAUGGUUUAUUUUUAAAGCCAAAGUAUAUAAUUUGUCAAAAGUAAAUAUGUAAAAAAUAAAAACUGCUAGCAUAAACAUUUAAACACCACAUCUCAAUAUUUAUAAGUCCUCGUUUUGCUGCAAUAACAGCCUCGAGUCUCAACCAGCUUUGCACACUUUUGGGGUCUGAUUUUGUCCCAAGACCAUUCAGGUUGCGUAGUUCAAAGAGUGCCACAGAUUCUGAGUGGGGUAGAGAUCAGCACUUUGACUAAGCCAUUUUAGGACUUUUGUUUUGUUUUUGAGCCUCUCCCGUGUUGCCUGGGCCAUGUUGUUGGGAUCAUUGUCAUGCUGGAAUGUGAAUGUUCUCCCGACCGUCUCUUUCGCAGUUGACUUAUAUGCAGUUGAGUAUAAUUCCAUCCAUUCUUCCAUCAGUCUUAAAAAGAUUCACAGUCCCUGCAGAUGAAAAGCAUCCCCACACCAUUUUUCUGCCACCCUCAAGCUUCACUGUAGAUAUGUUUUUUUUUUUUGAGGCAUGGGUAAUAUUGGGUCUGCUCCAUACAUACAUAUCACCUUCAGUUUUGUCUGAAAAGUUCUAUUUUGGUUUCAUCUGAUUAGUAUUGGAUUUAUACUAAAAUUGUGACUUCAGUACUGAUAUCCACUUUCACACCUUAGUACCGGUACCAAAACAGUACCUAGCUGCUUUGUGCCCCCAUCCCCAUCAUACUCUGCAUAUCUUACCAAUACAGGUUGGGGAUUGGUGACAGGGUUGCCCCGCUCUGAGUUUCCAGAUCACUAAUAUACACUUAUUGCUUCACAGAACGGGGCAAUGGGGGAUGAUUUGAGGUUGAAGACAAACUAAUGAAUAGCAAAGUGGGGGGCUCAGGGUUUGGGGUCCCCUUGGAUUUCUGAUGGCACUGAUACACGGUACAGCAUGAUGAACCUGUACACAACAAUUUACUUCUGGUAGUGAAAUUGGCAUAAAGCUGGUAUAGCACCGUUUUAAAAUGUGGUCAUUUGGUACCGUAUCAGCAAAACUAUAAGUGACCACAAAACCUUUUCCCACCCCCUAGGGAGAGCCUUCUUGUCCUGAGUAAUCGUUUUCUUCUUACCACUCUCCAUUAAUAUUAUGGACUCGUGCUCAUAUAGCCAAGUUUCAGUCUCCUGCAAUUCAUCCAAAGUGAUGGCUGGCUUUGCUACUUCCAUUACCAGUCUACACCUUCUUUGGGCCCCAUCAUGUCAUUUUAAAGUGGAGUUACCUGUGGUACGACUGUUACUUUGUAUUACUAUCAUGUAAGUAGCCUUGAAGACACUGACCUUGGAGGGUGAGAUUUCAGAUUAUACCUACAAUGAUUGAACAAAAUGUAAUGUUUUAAAUGCUGUAGCAUGUUACAUAUUGUAUUUUCUAAUAUAAUAAAGCACUUCAUAUACUA